CCGGUGCCACGCCAUGAUGCUGGACUGUUUCGCAGGGAUUUCCUUGGGAGCUUUGCUGGGCUAUCUGCUGCGACCGCAGAAAAGUCAAGGAGGCACGUCAGGCGCCGAGCCAGUCGCAGUCACAACAGAGGAUCUAGUACGAAGAUCUUCAGGCCGUCAUGCAUCAAAGACUGUGCCCGAGAAGUUGCAGAACACGCUCUCCUUGUACCCCUUCAAGCAGCAUGUGGAGUCCAUCACUGCGAAGUCGGAGGCCGAAGCUCCGCCUGCGCCUCCGCCGCCGGCGGUUUUGGAGGAGGCCGUGCCACCUCCCAGGUCCUUCCAUCGGAGGAUCUCGGGGAAAUUCACCCAGAAUGAAAACAAGGUGGUGGAACAAAAGGUGGUUCUUGCCAUGGUCGGCUUGCCUGCUAGAGGAAAGUCGUACAUCUCAAAAGCCAUUGUCCGCUACUUGAAUUUCUGCGGCUGUCCAACAAGACUCUUCAACGCGGGCAACUUGCGUCGCGAGAGUGGGAAGAGUGGCGUCGAUGCAAACUUUUUUGACCAAAAGAAUGCCGAUGCGAAAAGGCUGCGGGAUGAAAUGGCCAUGGAGUGUUUGGAUCAGGUCUUAGACUUCCUGGAGGCAUGCGGCAGGGCGACAGCAGUUGGGAUUUUGGAUGCCACAAAUACAACGCUGGACAGACGGAGGAAAGUGAAGGAGAAGGUCUGUGGACGCCAAGGCAUUCGACUGAUUUUCUUGGAGUCCUUGUGUGACGACGAGGAGAUAUUGCAAAACAACUACGAGCUCAAGUUAGGGAACGAAGACUACAAGGGAAUGAAUGCUGAGAGAGCCCUUCAAGAUUUCAAGAACAGAGUGCAUCAAUAUGCUGAAGUUUACGAACCAGUUGAAGAUCACGAAUGUGACCAUAGAUGUGGCUACAUCAAAUUGAUCAAUGCUGGAGAGAAAUUGAUAUGCUACCGCUGCCGCUCCAAAGAUGAUGAGUAUGGUGUGGUGAGGUAUAUCUUUGGUUUGAUGGGAAGCAUUAACCUCGGCAAGCGUUGCAUCAUGAUCGCAAUGGUCGGAGAGACCGAGCAUGACAGGAAAGGCCUUUUGGGUGGAGACUCUGAGUUGAGUGAAGCAGGUCAGCGGCAUGCAGCUGCUAUUGCUCGACUUGUUGGUGAACGCGAACGACAAGCGGGCAAGCCUGUCCUGGUGAUGUGCGGCACCUUGGCGCGACACUUACAGACGGUUGAAGCGCUCAAGGGAGUGAAUGGCUGCAGUGACACUCAGUGCAGAACAGUCUUGAAAUUUGCUCGUUUGAAUGAGUUGUGCGCUGGUCUUUUGGACAGCCUAUCUUACAAGGACAUGAAAGAGCUCUAUCCGGAGGAGUGGGAAGAGCGUCGAAAGGACAAACUCAACUACCGCUACCCCGGAGUUGGUGGUGAGAGCUACCAGGAUGUGGUGUUUCGCCUCACCUACUUGGUCCUGCGACUCGAGCAGGUCAUGGGAAACGUCCUCCUGCUUUGCGACAAGGCUGUGUGCCGCGUGUUAUUGGCUUACUUUCGGGGAGUUCCGUUGGAGGAAAUGCCGUUCUUGGAGGUUCCCCGCUCUGUGAUCACCUUUGAGCGAUCGCACUUUGGCUUUAAGGAGGAUCGCAUUGAUGCACCGGGCAUGAAGCAAUGUGCGGACUCGGCAGCUGACUUCCAAGCCUAUGGAGGCGGUGGAGAUACUUAACAGACCCUGAGAGGACAGGCUAUCUCCGCAGUCAAUCUGUCAAUCUGCCCCAGCAAUAUGUCAU